UCCCCGGUUAAACUUUCCUCCGCUGCCGUUCGUGCAGACCGCUCUCUUCGUGCUCCCUCCCGCACGCUGGAAAAUGCCCUGGAUGGUUUUGUGUGAGCCGCUUCGCGUUUAGGUCUUUGAAAUCUGCCAUCUUAUUUGUAAUAACAGCGAACGGUGCUUUUAGCUGAUUUUCAGGCAGCGUGGGGCUGCUUAGCGCAAGAGGUGUUAAUUAAGAUUAUUCCUUCUUUACUGUUUUUCCUUCCCAUCCCCGUUUAGGGAGCGUUGGGGUUUUGGGGAGGUUUGUGACUUGCUGCAUAGUUGAGUCUUAUAGGUUUUACCACGGAAGGCUGGUUAAUUUAUGGGAUAAUCUAGUUGUGGGUUAGAUGUGUUAUUACUUAGAGCCCAAAUUGUACUACUGCAAACCAAGUGUUGUCAAACACAAACGGUCGGAGUAGGAUCGUGGUGUCUUUUACCACCACUUCUCAAAUUAUCUUGGUUAAGAAUGGUGUGCCACUGUCAACAGGCAAGAGUGAUUUCAGACUCUGCGAUAGCUGUCAUCUUUUAAAUUGUAAGACUCUUGUACUGUUGUUACUUCGUUCAGUAAUGUAGGUGAUUCCACGCAAGGUUGUUGGAAUAGCUAUACUGCCCUAUAAAACUGAACGUGUUUUUGUAUGCCAGCAUCAUGUUAAGUAGGCAACUUGUCCUUCUGGCCCUCCUCUUAUCGUGGCUGAAUUGCUACUGGAAGGAGUUUCUUCUCGCUUUGCAUUCAAGAACCUCUUUUGAUUUGCUUGUUGCAUAAGCAUGCAUGUUUAAUAUUGAUAUAGAAACUUUAUUUCAAAGAGCUGAAGCCUAAAGAGAAGCAAUAAGUGUCUCAAACUGAUUAGAAUUCCUUUAAGUAGAUGGUUCUUUACAUAAUGCAUUCAAGCGUAGCUAACACAAUAGGGAUGUGAGUUUUGAGAGAUAUCAACAGAUUUAGUGGAGAACAAAGGUGCUGAGAGCGGAUCCUCGUGAGGAGCAGCCUUUGCUGUGCUGUCGUUAAGGUCCUGCUGGAAUUUUAGGACUCUGUUUUCCUGUGUUGUUAACCUUGUGAAAAACUACCUUUGGUUGGGGCUGGAAUUUUCCAUGCUUGCUUUGCCCAGAGGUGAUUUUAUUAUUUUUUUUUAAGCUCGAACAAACGCAGAGAACAUUAUCCCUGUGCAGAUCACAAUAAAGAACAGAUGUUAUCUAAUACACCUAUUGCUAGGGUAUCGAAACAUUAUGUACCAGUGAAAAAUCACACCACUUCUGCCUGGGCAAGGUUUGACUCUUCCUUUCAUUACUUGACAUAGCCACAAUUGUUUCCUCUGUUUGUGAGGUUUUGACGAAUUACUAUUUGUCCUUGUUGAAGGAAGCCGCCUGCGAGAAGAUGGGUCUUGCAGGAUACUCUGAGGAGGAGUUCCGUUCAGGUUUGCUCUGUCAUUCUACGGCAAGGACUUCCACCACCUUCUGCUUUCUGAAUGUGGUCUCUCCUGCCGUUCCUGGGUUUUCAUCCCCUCCUUACUUACGGGCACUAGGAUGAGGGGGGGAUGACCUCUUGCUCGUUGGGACUCCAAGGGUGCCCUCUCAGAGGUGAGGUAGCGUGAGGCACCUAGAUCUGCGUUGUGGAAAUAGAUCCAAUUGUAGAAGAGUUUACUGCCUUUCCCGCUCUCGUGGUGGAAUGUGCAGUGGUCUUCCUUCUCAGACCAUACAGAAGCCUGUAUUGAAAAGAGGAGGUUUUUUUCAGCUGUAUGCUUUCUCAAAAAUAAAAAGUAGAGAGAGGGAAGGGGAACCAAAAUGAAAAAUGCAACUUUCUAGGAUUUAAAAUGUGUGCGUAUGUAGUCACAUCAGCGUAGUAGGCACUGCCUUUUUAAUCAUGUCCUGCCCCCCAUGUAUUCAAAGACAAGAUAAGGAUUUGGAUAUGGUUUUUACUGUUGUAUUAGUUUCUUGAAUGAGAUUUAAAAAACCUGGAACCUUGUGCAGCAGAAAUGUUUGCUCCGUUUCCAGGAUCAGUCUGUUGCAUUUGUGAAGUGCUUUUGAAAGCAGUUGAAGUGCACAGGUGGAAGCUGCGAGCCGCAGUCGGGCAGCUACGUCACAUCGGUUUCUUCCACAAAGAAAUGGCUGCCCAUACUUUCUUAACCGUGGAUUUUUGUUAAGAUGAAAGAGUUGCCACUCAGAGUUGUCUUAAAACUCUUCUCCAGUUCCUUUUAUGCUGUCGUGUGUCUUAAAUUUUUGUAGCUGCUGACAGCGAGAUGAGCAGAAUUGAUACUGAUGAUUCAGAUACAUGCACAAAAAUAGUAUUCUGGGGAAUGUUAGCUCUUACUGUACAGAACAGUGAGUGUAGUACCUUCUUAGUACUCUUUCUCUUGCUCUUUAAUGCUAAUUGUUCUUAUGUCUACAAACAUUUUGUUCCUGUUCACCCUUUGGGCAAGUAGAUAAUAGUCUAAUGUGCUGGAAAGUAUCUGCAGUUUAAUCACUUAUUCAUAUCUUCAUCAAAUCACGAGCUGCCUUUUGUUUUAUUGGUUUAUGGAUUUUUCUUUAUCAUGUUUAUCAUAAAACUUCUGCCACUGCAUUAUUAAACAGCAAAACUCUGUAGUAAUGUUUUGGUGGUUAAAAGCUAUCAAAUGUAUAUGCUGCUUUUCUGACAUCUUUGUGUUUGGCUAAUUUUGGAGGCUGCAGCUUAUGCAAGAGCCUUUCUUGUCCUUUAUUCAUGUGAAAUGUUCUAGCAAGAUGUUAAUUUCUAUGCUAUUCUAAUUAGCCAGUUCGUUAGCAUUGCGUUACUGCCUGGUAUCUAAAUGCUGGAAAUCUGUGCCUGGGAUGGCUGUCGCUGAUAAAUUGUGCUCCCAGAGCAUCAGUGGCUGCUUCAAGCAAACAAUUCUUAUUAUUUCUUAGAUAUAUUUUUCCAAAAAUUACCUUCACAUUUGCAACUUGGAAAUAUAUCUUUGCUCAUUGAGAUAUUUUUUGCAUUAAUUCAUUUCCCUCUUCACCCCAGUAUAUGACUCCCCAGAAUUUGAGGCCGUACAUCUUUCCCUUUGACAUCGUAUGGCACCAUAGGCCUUGAUCUGACUGUGGUCUUUCUUUGUUACUGCAAUAUAUAUUUUUAUUUUCCUUUUUUACUUGGAAGCUCAGACAUUACGAGGUUGGUUUGGGUUUUUUUUCUUUCUUUUGAAGACCAGAGUGGUAAUAUUCACUUAAGUCAUGGCUUAUCACAGAGGAUAUUCUGCCUGCAAAUUUGCUGACUUGCUUAGACCCUUCUACAGUAUGUUACAAUGGAUAAUGGCCACGUUAUCUUAAGAUUCAUCGCGUAGAUAGAAAUGCUGUCUUGUACCUGGUGAAUGCCGUCAGACACACUUACUUGCCUUACGUUACGGUCUUUAGCAUCCCCGUACGUGUUUCUAACACCAGCCCUUACACAGAUAAACCAGUACUAAAAAUUCCCAGGCUUAUACAUUUACGUGCUUCAUAGAGCAUUUUUGUGUAACUGCUGCUAGAAAUCUGCGCUCAUAUUAUUUACAAUAGAAUAGUUGAGUUGGAAGGGACCUACAACGAUCUGAUAAUCAUUUGAAAUGCUUUAGGGUGACACAGGACUGUUGGCUGAUCAGUUUGUACAAAAAGAUGCCAAAUCUCUCUCCGCCUUGCUGUUUAAAGGCUUCCUGAGCCCCAAAUGUGUCAUCUGAUACUUAGCACGUGUAAAAUCUUUUUUUUUUUUUUUUCCCUUUGAUUUUAACUUUGCAGACUGGUUGGAUUUCCAUCACAACUGUUUAUUUCAGGCUUCUCGUGCAUGCGGUUGCAAAUCCAUCUUGCGUUCUUCAUUCGCUUCUGAUGUGUCAGUGUAUGCUGCGCGUUAGGCAUGUUUAUCAGCCUUCCCCUCCAGCAUCUCUGGAUCUUCAGCACCAUAUUUGUAUCUGGAACCUCUUUUCUGAGCUGAGCUGCAAGACUGCUUCCCUUUCUCCAUCGAAAGCUUUUCAAAGGGCGUUUGCUGCCUUGACACCUGCAGGAACUCUUUUUCCAGUAGUGCCAAGGCUGUACUAUAUUUUUUAACUUUUUUCUUUAAAUACGGCACUUCACAAUUAACAUCUUAGUCUUUAAAACAAAGUGUUACUUGCUCUCUCCUAAUCAUGCUACUUCUCAUGUAAUUUGUCCUGCAACCAAUGAAGUCUCUAAGAGUCUCAAGUUGUCUUGUUUAAAAAAUACCUAGUUUGCUGUAGAAAAUUAACGAAUAAAAUACAUGCUAAGAAAGUGACCCGAAGGAGGUUUUGGCCUUUUGCCCAUAUCUUAAAGUAAUUAUCCGGUGGCAUUUGGACUGUCACAUUUUUAGACCGAGUUUCUUGGUGAAUUUGAUCCCUCCGCAGCUGCGAUUGGCUUAAACCCUACUGUAAAUGAAUAGGGUAGUGUAUCAUAUCAGCGUCGGGCUUGGAUUAACCGUCUUGCCCAAGCUGUUGGAUUGCUGAUUGCCUGGAUCAUAUUCCUUUGGGUUACGUCCCUGACUUCCAGCUCCAUCCGUAACCGCCUGGUUUAUCUACGUAAGCGUAUUAUUUCCUUUUCUUGUUUGGGGUUGAUCCUCCUCCCCAAAUUGCAAAGUGUGGCUUUUGUGGGAGGAGAGGGGGAAGAUAAGUGACUCGUGAGUGUAAAAAGUAUUCAUUUAAGGUUGUUCUUAAUAUGGAGAGAAAAAUGUCAGUUCUUUUUAAGAAAUCUGGAUUCGUAACUUCUCAGCAAAUUUCAACUGCUUUAGAGUAUUGGAAAUGGGAGUUGUUUGGAGGAAGGGAUUUUUCAGAUAAGUUUCAAAAUUUGCUUGGCUGAAUGGCUAGGGCACCUCGAUGGGAGUUUAAGGGAAGUCUUUGUAUUUUUUUAGCAGCCCCUGGCCUUGCGUCUCAGCGGAGCUUCUGUACGACUGUAGUAAUACCUCUGUAAAAGCAGGGAAAUCAAGUCCAUGUGGUUUUUUUCUAACUGUGAAAAGCAGCAAAACCUUUUUUCUCUUUCAAAAACCCUUGUACCUUCUUCAGACUCUUUGUGUGUGUCUGCCUACAUCUGUAUGCAUCUGCAUGCUUUUUGGAUGAAGAAUUUCAAACCGAAAUAUACCUCAGCAACUCUGGGGCCUUGAGUGAGCCCUUCCAAAUUAUCAUAUCUCUUAAGUACCUAGUGUGCUGCCUAAACAGUUGCUGCAAAUAUUUGGAAGUCAUGGCUCACGCUGUUUUUGUUACCCUUGGUUUUUGGCAUGUAAAAGCACUUGUUCUUAAGCCGUGCUAGCUUAUAAUAUUAUCUUGCUGGUGCAGCUGAAGAGACACUGGCAAACAAGGUGGAAUAUUAAUUUUCUGUUCCAUCAAUGCAUUUAGUAUCCCUUCGGGUGAGAUCUCAUCUGCUUUUUGUACUUUGCUGAGUUUUGUCUGGUUGAUCAGGAGCACCUUGCUUCCACAAAUGGGAACGCUCUCCUUGGAGCUCUGAGCUAGCUCUGGCUUUUCAUAGCUUUUGCAGAAGAUGCUGAACAUUAAACCUGGUCUCCCUUUUCUGGUCACGCUAGUAAAAUGAUCGCUGUUUUGCAAGAGAGAAUAUAGCGGACGAUCUAGGAACAGCGGAAUAGUUUGAGUCAGCGCGGUGCUUAUUUUGCUUUCCUGCCCGUAAGGUAAAUGUGUGAUGAGGGCACUAGUGAGAGAGCUCAGUAAUGUUACUUCCACGUAGAGAAGUCAAUAAUAUAUUUGAUUUUAGUUAUAGGUAGUAUACUAUGAUAGGUGCCUAUGUUUUUAGAAUCUAUUUAUAUUGUUCAGGUAACCAUUUCUGGCAGAAUUAUCCACAGACAUGAAAAUGAGGCAUGUGGCACCAGUGUCGCGUUUUUAAUUUUAGACAGCUGCUUCAUGUUUUGAAUUUCAUUGCACGGGCUAAGAAGAUCCAUCACCCUUCAGCAAGGCAGCCGUGGGGAAGUAGGAUGUAUGGAAGAAUGAUGAUAUUUGUUCAAGUCUGCAUCAGUCUUGAGGGAAGAGUUUCAGUUAAUGGUUGCUUAUCAAUUCUCUGAGAUAGUAGCUUGUUUGCUACAGAUCAUCAAAGAUGUUUUUAAUUACCUGGCAGUCUUAACUUCUUUUGUCUUUCAGAUUUAUCUCCUCUCCAGGGGAUCUUACUCUUGUUCCAAUACUUAGACUCUAUCACAGAACGCUAGUUGUUGUUCACUUGUUUUGAAACAGACCUGCUAAUACUUAGUUAUCGAAAUGAAUGACUCUAUAACAUAACGAGGUUUUACCAAGAGACAGUACAUCUAACACUUAACUUGGAUCAUCUCUUGUUCAUCAGCUUGAAAAUCAUAACAGCCCCCAAAACUGACAUUUGAUCUGAAAGAAAAAGCUGUGACAAAUGGACAAUAUGUCUAUUACUAACACGCCAACAAGUAAUGAUGCUUGUCUGAGCAUUGUUCACAGCUUGAUGUGCCAUCGACAAGGUGGAGAGAGUGAAACUUUUGCAAAACGCGCAAUUGAAAGUUUAGUUAAAAAGCUAAAGGAGAAAAAAGAUGAAUUGGAUUCUUUGAUUACAGCUAUAACCACAAAUGGAGCUCAUCCUAGCAAGUGUGUUACAAUACAGAGAACGCUGGAUGGGAGGCUUCAGGUGGCUGGUCGCAAGGGAUUCCCCCAUGUGAUUUACGCUCGUCUUUGGAGGUGGCCUGAUCUUCAUAAAAAUGAACUCAAGCAUGUUAAAUAUUGUCAGUAUGCUUUUGACUUAAAAUGUGACAGUGUCUGUGUAAAUCCUUACCAUUAUGAGCGUGUAGUAUCGCCUGGCAUCGAUCUCUCAGGACUGACACUACAGAGUUCUGCUCCAUCAAGCAUGUUGGUGAAAGACGAAUACGUUCAUGACUACGAGGGGCAGCCGUCGUUGUCUUCUGCCGAAGGCCAUUCAGUCCAAACCAUCCAGCAUCCGCCAAGUAACAGGGCAUCGACAGAGCCUUAUAGCACCCCGGCCAUGUUAGCUCCUACUGAAGCUAGCACUACCAGCACCACUAAUUUUCCCAACAUUCCUGUGGCUUCAACAAGUCAACCUACCAGUAUAUUGACAGGUAGCCAUAGUGAUGGACUCUUACAGAUUGCUUCAGGGCCUCAGCCAGGAACUCAGCAGAAUGGGUUUACAGCUCAGCCAGCUACUUACCAUCACAAUAGUACUACAACUUGGACUGGAAGUCGGACGGCAGCCUACACACCUACCAUACCUCACCACCAGAAUGGCCAUCUUCAGCAUCAUCCGCCUAUGCAUCCUGGACAUUACUGGCCAGUUCAUAAUGAACUUGCAUUCCAACCUCCUAUAUCAAAUCAUCCUGCUCCAGAAUAUUGGUGUUCAAUCGCAUAUUUUGAAAUGGACGUGCAAGUUGGGGAAACAUUUAAGGUCCCUUCAAGCUGUCCGAUUGUUACUGUUGAUGGAUACGUGGAUCCUUCUGGAGGAGACCGGUUUUGCCUGGGCCAGCUUUCCAACGUGCAUAGAACAGAAGCCAUUGAGAGAGCAAGGUUGCACAUAGGUAAAGGGGUGCAGUUGGAGUGCAAAGGAGAAGGUGACGUGUGGGUUAGAUGCCUCAGUGACCACGCGGUCUUCGUUCAGAGUUACUACCUGGAUAGAGAAGCAGGGCGUGCACCAGGGGAUGCUGUUCACAAGAUUUACCCAAGUGCAUAUAUAAAGGUGUUUGAUUUACGCCAAUGUCAUCGUCAGAUGCAACAGCAGGCUGCCACUGCCCAAGCUGCUGCUGCUGCUCAAGCUGCAGCAGUAGCUGGAAACAUCCCUGGACCGGGAUCAGUAGGUGGAAUAGCCCCAGCCAUUAGUUUGUCAGCCGCUGCUGGAAUCGGUGUAGAUGACCUUCGCCGCUUAUGCAUACUCAGGAUGAGUUUUGUAAAAGGUUGGGGACCUGAUUACCCAAGACAGAGCAUCAAAGAGACACCGUGCUGGAUUGAAAUUCACUUACACCGUGCCCUCCAGCUUCUAGAUGAAGUACUUCAUACCAUGCCUAUUGCAGACCCACAACCUUUAGACUGAGAUCCCUCUGCUGCACUGCGGUGGGCCGUUAUGUUGUGAGGAUGGUGGAUUGUAAAAUACAAUUCUGUUUAUAACCUGAAGAUAUAUUUUACUUUUGUUCCGCUUAAUCUUCUAAAACCAGGUUUUAAAAAUGUGUUUGCCGCCUUGCUCUUAGCCGAAAGAAACUGAACAUGCAGAAUUUGGAUUUCAGUUAUUUUCAGAACUUAAUUGUCAUAAUACAUGGCUCAGGGCUUAAAGUGAAAGGUAAACGCCUUAUAGAGACUUUACAGUAUUGGGUUUGUUCCCUUUGAAACUUUCCUUCUCUAUUAUGGCAUCUUGGUGAUAAGCCUCACAGGAGCCUUUUGUAUGCAGAAUAUAUAUUAUAUAUAUAUAUUUAUAUCUGAAAAUUCCUUCUAAUAGUUAUAAACAUUUACCUUAUAGCAACUUUAAAAUUCCAACUGAUUUGUGGUGUUCUUUUUAGGGAACAAUAGUUAACAGAAGACUGCUUUAUUUUGUUGACUAUCUUGUUAUGAUUUUUCCAGAUUAAAACGUAGAAGCUGCCAAAAAGUGAGGGACAAGGCAUACGUUGUUGGCGUCAAUUAAAAAUAGCAAGGAAAAGAAAUGUGGCUUUUCCUUCACUAGUUUUUAAAAAAGAUAUCUUAGAUUUUUAUUUAUAUAGACACGUGAGUUUUAAAACACUAAAGGAAAUGGAUACUUUCAGUGCUGGCACUCAAUUUAAAUAGAACAUGAAAUACCCAGUCUGCAAAGUUGCCACUGAAAUUACUUAAUGAGUACCUAAUGGCAGGAACAUAUUUUCAUAACUACUACUGACUUCUAUGAUUUUACUCAAGUAAAACUUGGCAGGUAUUUUAAAAAGUUGCAUGACUCUUUUUACUUGCAUAUACCCAUUAAACCAUGUCUAAUACUACAUCACUCUUUAGGAUCCAGUUUUUGUAUCUGUUCACCAUUUCCACUCAGGGCAAGAUGGCAAACUUGUUUUUAUACCUCUUGGUUAUUUUAAGCCCUAUGCCAUCAAUGACCGUAUCAAUUGGCAAUGACUUUGUAUAGAGAAUUUAUAGUAGAAAAAAAAAAAUGCAAAUGUAUUGACUGUAUAACAGAUACAAUAUGUAUGCUUUCUCUCUAGUUAAUAGUAUAAAUAAAAUUAUGAAAACCCUGAUUUUUAUAAAUUUAGUUUGCUUCUAUUAUGUAAUUCUGCACCUUGAAACCAUUGAUCUUGAGUGAUGGAUUACUUUCCUUCGCAAGACCAGCAGCAGCAGCCAAUAGCGGUAGGAAUUUUUGUUGGUUUAAGCUUGCCAGGAAGCAAGUCCAACUCUUCUUACUUUCCCUGCUUCUCAAUAAACGUGUAUCCUGAGGUUUUCUCUUUCAGCUGUUUGACGGGGUAUGAAGAGAGAGCAGGUAUUCCUUAUUUUUCAGCCUGCGCGUAGGGAGUUGGAGCUUAGUUAAACAGGCUUAGAAGUACGUAAGACUCCAACUUAAGUGCUUCAAGUGCUGCCAGUUUGGUCUGCCUGCCACGCUUCCCCGAGCCGACCUGGCAGCACGCUUGUAGUGGUUUAUGGAAGUAGAAGCCUUGGAAGAGAUGAUUCAGAAGCUUUUUGCCAAGUUUCUUGCACAAUUUCAGGAAUCCGUCGAGGGCUGUGACACACAGUGUUAAGGUAUCGCUUCCCCCGUACGCUGAAAUGUCAGCAGUCAUUGUUUCUGUCUUAGGCAUGGAAGACAGCUGACUGUGGAGUGAUGACCAGAAAAGGAUGAGUUUUCUCCUUAUUUUCAUUAAUGGUGUUGCCUUCUUCAGACUAACUUCUAAUGAGAUCACUUUCUUUUUAUGUGGCAGCUUCUUGAUGUCUGGAAGAACUAGUGUUUGCUUUUCUCAAGACCUUUAGUUUAAAACCUUUUUCAUUUUCCUUUCUCUCUUAAUGAUCUAGUUUGUCCGAAAAGCAACCUUCUUCAGAUUCUUGAGGAACACAUUCAGCAGAGGAUUCUGACUACAUCCCCAAAGAACCUCGUUAGCCAGCGGCUCGUUUAUGCUUCAUCUGCAAGAGAAAACCUGAUUUGGGGGAAGAAAUUAAAAGCCCGAAGACAUGUUCUUCUUGCCAGCCUCCCUUUUGAAUUGUCUGCCCUGCGCUUACUGCUGGGUGGAAGGUGCCUCGGCUUUUGGGAACUCUCUAGCCUUCUGAGUGAUGAGUUGCUUAUCCCAGACUCUUCAUUCGAUUAGGAGUCCGUGAGCUUACUCCCCGUUUACCUUUUGCGAGGUGCUUAGCUUGGAGGAUGACCGAUCUGUAUAUGGCUACUUCACAGAAAACCCUCUGUACCAGUUGCUUAACGUUUUGAUUGUGCCAAAAUUUGUUAAAAUAAUGAAAGAUUGCUUCUGCCUGCUGGUGUUCUUGCUGGUAAUACAGUCUGAAAGAAUUCAGCUGUUAAGACUUUUUUUUUUUUUCCAGAUGUUUUACAAGUCUGCUUAAGUCUCUGCCUACAGUGUGUGGUACCUACAGUGUGGUACUUAGAUGGCAAAACCCAUUCAGAAUAGACCAACAAAAUAAUGUCAGAUGAGUUUAUCAGAACUGAGAAAAAUCACGGGCUCCGCAUCAGGAGAAAUCGGAACGUUGUGCGAGGCAGUAAAAAAUACUGCCGUGGCAUUCGUCUCACCCACCAGGCGGUUACCGAUGAGAUGCAAUCGUAACUGUUAAAGGGCAAAAUGAGAGAGUCUCAUUCUUAGUUUUUAAUAUGCCUUUAACUUAAUUUUUGUACUUUUAUGACAAGGCAUAAAAGGCAGCGCAUAAUGGAUUGGAAACCCUUCAGCAGCAGCACAUUGAAUCUUUGACAGGCUUACAUUUAUGUCUUUUUUUUUCCUGAGAUUCAGAAAAGAGCUAAGAGCUACUUGACAGCCGUGAUGAUCCCCAUACGUGCUGUAGGCAGGGACGUCAAGAAUGCCAGAAUCGCUUCUCUUCAGCUCUGAAUGUCUCAAAUUCAGUGAAUUCAACAAGUUGGGUUUUUUUCAGCUCGCAAUCUCUUGCUUGUGAUUUUUGUUCCCAUGUCUGCUCUGUUUAGUUCUUUCGAUGAAAUAAUUACCACAGUGUUUCUCACCCUCAGUUAAUGCACUGCUCAAGGAGAAAAAAACAAAACAAAACAAAACAUUGUGCUGGAGUACUUUGUAGUUUGACUCCAUGUACUGGAGAGCUGGGAUUAGCACCGGAAGGUUUUAGACGGCUUUAGCCACGUUAAUUUUGAAAGCGAGGGCAUUUAAAGUUGCCACGGCAGAGAUGGAGGAGAGGAAACCUUUUCACUGGAAUGGUUUAAAAAUACUUAAUUCUAACAGGAAUCCUUUGGAAGGAGCCAUAGUCGCUAAGCGGUGCUGGUUAGAAACGGUUGUUCCUUACAUCGCUUUGCUGGGCUUGGUAGGAAUGAUGUGCUGAGGGACCGGGACCCCCUGGGAGCGAUGUAAAUCACUUUGUGAACGUCCUGAAGCCCUGGGAAGCUCUGGCUGCUGUACAGAGAGGGUCCUACAGUCCGAAGGAGACGACGGUCUCCCCCAGUCACGCAACAAGUCUGCAGCAGCAGUAGUCCUUGAACCUGUGUCCAAUUCCUGUGCCUUACCUUUGAGAACAUCUUAACUUCUUGCGACACUUCUAAAGCUGAUAGCGUCCUCUCUGCGUAGCUCAGGAACGACUGCCUCAACUCUUUUACUAGGAACCGGUAAAAAAUUCCUAUGCCAGUGUAUAUAAGGGGGAGGCUUCUGCCUCUGAACCCUUCAAAUGUUGUUUACGUCUUGAUGGUGGUCUUUAUUGAGACAUCUUUAAUCUCUUCUUUGAAGAGUAAGCGCUUUAGAAAGGACUGUCUCCUUGAUUUGCAUUUUUACGCUGCUAUGCAGAGCGACUGGGAUCGCUGGUCACUUCUUUAAUGCAACCAAUUAAAGACGGCCAGAUGGGUCUUCCUCUAAGUGGGAUUCAGACUUCAUUUAAGAAAUCCGCUUUCCUCCCUCUUCUCCUUCCAGGCUCCGAGCGACUUAACAUCUACUCUGUAAAAUUAUAAGAUGCUUAGUCGUCAGGUAUUGUCAAGGGGACAAUUUUUGAGAGGUUACUUUUUAAUUCAAGUAAAACUUAAAAGCAAUGAUCUUGCCUGGUCCUGCUGAUAACUGGAGUGUUUCCACGACUGGUAACAGGAUUUUGAGGACCACGGCGCUGUUCUUGGGACUGAGAUUUGCAAGUUACUCGCGAGCACCAAGCUGGUUUCUUUCCCCCCUGACGUGGGUAGUUGACACUUUGGUCCUGGACAGGGAAACGAAACCGAUGGAAAUCACUUCUUCACCAGUCACGUAGGAGCUGGAUGCUGAAUCGUCGUGUCGCCCACCUCCAAAACGCUAUUCUUGAUCGAUCGUUUCUGAAAAUGAUUUGGGAGGUGCGACCGUGCCGAGUCAAAGCUGCCACGUGCUGAAAUCCCCAAGCACUCACUCGGUGGGACGUGGUGGAAAGCAGGACUACUGUCGACAGAAUCUCAAGAGGUUUUGGCACUUGUUGGCUGCUGUUGUGCCUUGUGAGUGGUAACAUCGCUCCUAAAUUUACAGUACUUAAUUCUUUCAAGCUCACCAAAAUCACCUAGCGCUUUCUUGCUCCGGUACCUUUUUCUGUGUCUUUUUGGUGAAGUUUGGUAGCACUACUAAGUUGUGAUUCAGCUGGAUUGAGAGCUGCAAAGUACUCAUAACCCAAAACUCACCGUGAGAGGGUUUUUUGAGCAUGAAAGCCUAGUUAAGCAUUUCUUCUUUUAGCCAUUGCCUUUUGAUAAGCGGUCAACAGAAUUCCCAGUAGUUCCUUUGUAGCUUACUGUAUGUUUUUCAUUAGACCUAGUUUGUGGAUAAUAUACUGUAGUUAACUUUCCUGAAAUUCUGUAACAGAGUAUGUUUUUGAUUAAAAAAGAUAAAG